UAAGAAUAAAGUAAAAAUGAUUUGCAAACCACACAAUAUUUAUCAAAUAUAGUAUGCGACAAUAUUAGUAGGCCAUUGAUUGUAUGCUAGAAGUUAUUGUAUUAGGCGUGUGAAUGCAAUUCUUUUAUACUUGAUUAUAACUUACAAUUGCAUAAUAAAAUUUUCAAUCUAUUUUCAGUUGUAUACUAUAGAUUUUUAUGCAUGAAACUGAAUUUUGUCAACAAACGCGAAAAGUUGCAGGCUUUAAAAGUUUGGCAAACCAAGUACUACUAUCACGAUGCAAAUCCAAUGAAAGACGAUAAAUAAUAGACCAUGACUUAUCAUCAUAUGAAGAGGAAGAAGCACAAUUUCAGGAGAUGUGAACCCUAGCGAGUGCGGCACCCCUAGUUUCUUCCCCUCUGUAUGCACUUCGACGCAGAGGAAGGAUUAGGGAUUGGAAGCGGCAGCUUACUCGUGGAGACUUGCUCUCGAUUUCGACGGCACUCCUUAGGCGAAUAUUGGGAUUUGAAUGGCUUGUCAAGGAAGAUCCAGAUCGACAAAUGAUACGACACUAUUAGGGAGUUUUGAUGUUUCAAUCUUCCGUUGUCAGGUUUUUUUCAUUCUCUUCGUGUUUCGACCGAUCGUGUCCUUCUCCGGGCGUUAGUCCCGCGUCUCUGUUUUCUAGCUAAAUUUGGCUGAGGCUGGUUGUUGCACUCUCUGUUCUGAACGAACGGCUGGUGUUGCUCUACUUUCAUUGAUUGGAGAGGCUUUUUAUUAAAUUUUGUUUACAUAGUUUCGGUUCUACUUCGGUUGCUUUGUAUUUGUGGAUUUUGGAUUGUACCCUGAUGGAAAUGAUUACGAACACGGAACAACGUUAACAUGAUUUCAAUCGAUGAGGAAGAGAAUAGGGGUUUGGUGUUAGCGGCUGAUCCGAUAGAGAACUCGGAUGUGACCACAGAGGGAUUCAAUCUAGCGGAUGUGGCUAGAGUGGUUUCAGACAAGCGUGUUCGUGCUGUUUCGUUUUGCCAAACAAUGGCUAUGGUUUGGCAACCAGUCAAGGGAGUUUCUAUCAAUGAAAUUGAGGAUUCUAAAUUCCUUUUACAGUUCUAUCAUGAAGGAGAUCUAAAUAGAGUUGUUGAGGAAGGUCCUUGGUCCUUUGAGCAGAAUCUUGUGGUUAUCAAACGACUGGGGCGUACUGAGAAACCUCUGAAGGUCCCACUGGAUCAUGCAGACUUUUGGGUUCAGGUUCACAACCUACCCUUAAGCUACAUGACUGCAAGGGCAACUCGUGGAAUAGCUAAUAGCGAUGAGAUCGCUUGUGCAAGUGGAUGAGGGCUCUCUUGGAGGAAAGCAAAGGUUGGUUAUGCGCAUUAGAGUUACUCUGAAUAUUACCAUGGAUUUGACUAGAUGCUUACAGGUUAGACAUGAAGGAGAUAAUUAGAUCUGGGCAAAUUUUCAGGAUGAGAGACUUCCGAAUUUCUGCUUUCUGUGCGGGAUUCUUGGUCAUGCUGACCAUUUUUGUCCAUCUAAUCUGCAUGGUGGUAUAGGGUUUGGGGAGAAGACUUAUGGGCCAUGGUUACGGGCUGAUAUGAGGUGGGGAGGAUCGCAUCCGGGCAACAUGUGGCUUAUUCCUAGCAUUAAUAAGCAAGGAGACAGAUGAGAUGAGAAAGCAGAGUUCGAAAAAGUGACAAAGGAGCAGGAAAGCUAUAUAGUGGAAGGACUCCUGACCAAGGGGAAGGAGAUUGCUACAACCCUGGGCACACCAAGGAAGCGUAGGGUCACCGAGAAGGAUAACGAAGUGGGGGCACGUGCUAGUAUGAAUGUGGAUGAAGGAACCCCAAAAAACUUGGAAGUGGCGGUGCUGCCCGGGCAACAUCGCAAGUAGCAGCAGAAUGCAAGGAUAAGAAUGAAGUACCUUUAGCGGAGGCUGGUCAAACCGUUGUUCCUGUGCCAGUGGGCAGUGGCUGGAAAAACUGGAUUAUGUUCCUCCUUUGAUUGUUUUUUAGUUCCGAACUCUGUUGUGCUUUUCAAUUUCCCUUUUAGUAGCAAGUGCAGCAUUGUUGUGUAUGGAGUUUAUAGCUCAUUUUAUGCAAACGAGUAUCAAGGGGUGUGUGUGAGUUGGGAUAUGGAAAUCCCGGAUGUCAUCUCUCGGGAUGGUGUAUAAGGAAAGUAAGUGUGAAUUCGACUUAAGUGUCUAAGAUGUAAGCUAAUCGAUCGAGUAGUGUUUUGGGUUUAGAAAAAAUAGCAAGCAAUGGAAGAAAUUAAUAAUCUCAAAUAAAAGGGGAGCGAGGGGUCUCAAGGACCCAUCAUGUAAUCAACUGGGAAAA